AAUUUCUAAAAUUCAAUUUUCAGUUUUUUCACUCUCUUCACCCCGACUUGGACUUCCUCCCGCGGCGGACUGGCGGUGUAGUGACGACGUGCGGCGACUCCCUCUAAACUUUGAGCAGCAACGCCCUCGCGUUUUCUACCUUUACAAACCCGGACACCUUAUUAUCAUAAGACUAGAAGAAGAAUGGCAGAGAACGGAGAAGAAGAGAAAACAUUCAAAGAGUUAGGAGUCUGUGACCAGCUAGUGGAGGCUUGCGAAAAUUUGGGCUGGAAAACCGCUUCUAAGAUUCAAGCAGAGACUAUUCCUCAUGCUCUUGAAGGGAAAGAUAUAAUUGGGCUUGCACAGACAGGCUCAGGAAAGACUGGAGCUUUUGCAAUUCCAAUACUGCAGGCGCUCAUAGAUGCUCCUCAAGCGUUCUUUGCAUGCGUGCUGUCUCCUACACGGGAGCUUGCUAUUCAAAUUUCGCAACAGUUUGAAGCUUUAGGAGCUGGAAUUGGUGUCAAAUGUGCAGCGCUUGUUGGAGGACUUGAUCAAGUACAGCAGAGCAUUAUGCUUGGAAAACGACCACACAUUCUUGUGGCAACACCUGGUCGGCUCUUAGAUCAUCUGUCGAAUACCAAAGGCUUUUCACUCCGCGCCUUGAAGUAUUUGGUGUUGGAUGAGGCAGAUAGGUUACUGAAUGAGGAUUUUGAAAAAGCACUUGAUGAUAUUUUGAAUAAUACUCCCCGUGAGAGAAGGACAUAUUUGUUUUCUGCCACCAUGACCAAAAAGGUGAAAAAACUCCAGAGGGCUUGUCUAAGGAAUCCUGUAAAGAUUGAGGCUGCCUCAAAAUAUUCCACAGUUGAUACUUUAAAACAGCAGUAUCGCUUUAUUCCUGCAAAAUAUAAGGAUUGCUAUCUCGUCUAUAUACUGACUGAGAUGUCUGGGAGUACGUCGAUGGUUUUCACACGCACAUGUGAUGCGACUCGUCUUUUAGCUUUGAUGCUUCGAAACCUUGGCCUAAGAGCCAUACCAAUUAGUGGCCAGAUGAGCCAGGGAAAAAGACUUGGGGCAUUAAACCAAUUCAAGGCUGGAGAGAGCAACAUUCUUAUUUGUACUGAUGUUGCAAGUCGAGGGCUUGAUAUUCCAUCUGUAGAUAUGGUUAUUAACUAUGAUAUACCCACAAACUCUAAGGAUUAUAUACAUCGAGUAGGAAGAACUGCUAGAGCAGGACGAUCUGGAGUUGCGAUUUCACUAGUGAAUCAAUAUGAGUUGCAGUGGUAUUUACAGAUAGAAAAACUCAUUGGUAAGAAGUUGCCCGACUAUCCUGCUCCAGAGGAGGAAGUUUUACUAUUUCUGGAUCGUGUAACAGAGGCCAAAAGAAUCUCCCAUACGAAAAUAAAAGAAACCGGGGGCAAAAAGAAAAGAAGAGGUGAUGAUGAGGAUGAUAUUGAUGGAUAUUUGGGUCGUAAGAAUGGGAAGUCAUCUAAUAAGAAGGCAAAGAGAAAAUGAUGAGCAAACAGGUCUAUAAGUUUUGAUCUUCAUAUUCUUUGUUCAUUUUGAUCUUAGUGUAAUAUUUGGUCGGAUUCCUCUUGCCAUGAGUCCUUGCAAGGGGUAAAUCUAAGAGAACUGGGAUUGAAUCCCCUUGUUUAUUGCAUCCCUUAUCCAAAUGAGCAUAUUUUCCUUGACCUGAUAAUAUAUCUUUUUUUCCCUGAUUUUUAUUGAGAUCUUGAGUCUGUAAGCUACAACUCCUAUCUCAGAAGGUAAUUACUAGCAUUUAUCCGGUUAAAUUGAAUCAUUGAGACAAUCUCCUUAAA